GCGGGGAACAGGAAGGAGGACGGGCGCGGGCCGGCUGACUGUGCGGUUAGGUCGGGCCGUGCUGGGCCAUGGCGCUCAGCAGGAAGGAAGUGUUCAUAAAGAAAGUGCUGAAACGCCUCUAUGCUGAAACUUCAUCUUCUCCUGUGCAUGAUUCGAGUGGAAAAGAGGAGGCGGUUCUCAUAAAUCUGGGCUCAAAAUCCAAAGAGAAUGAUUUGGAAAAUGUUCAGGCUUUGUCAGCAGAUGCUAGUACAUCAAGUGGGACACUCAGCAAAUCAUCUCGAGGUAGUGUCACCACAAUCUCUCCUCCAAGGAGAGUGUACACUGUGAGUCCUCCUCCUGAGGGCUACGUUGCAGCUAUUCCAGAUACUGAUAACACUACAGUUUCUGAAAACUCCCAGGGUAGUGCUGACUCUACAGAGGAGGAACAUGAAGUACAAACCAAGAGAAAACGCAUUCGAAGAAAGAAACUAAAGAACAGUUUACAAGAUUCUAAUGAUUUACAUGGAGAACAAGUAGAAUCUGGAAUGCGGGAGAUUCUUGUUCAAGAUAAUUUACAUCUGCAGCAGAUAGACAGCUUCAAAAUCAGCAAAAACAAAAGGAGAAAAAUGAAAAAGAAGCGACAGAAAGAAAAAAUGAGAGCAGCUGGCUUGCUAACAAAAACUACCGGUGUGGAUUUUACAUAUCAGCCUGACAAAAGCAACAGAGAAGGAGCAGCAGACUUAAAAGACACAGAUGAAAAGGCAGAUAGUAUUCUGGAUUUCUUGCAGGCAACACAGCAAAUUUAUUUUGCUGACAAUAAAUCAAAAUGCACAGAUUCUACUGUAAAUUCAGCUGCUCAAGGGCUUUUACAGUGUCUUGAAUCUCGCAACAUAUCUUCUUCAGAUCUAACUCUUCUACAUCAGAUGAAAUCCCUUAUAUUGCUACAGGAUAUUGACAGACUGAAGGAUGCUUUGAAACAAUUCCAAGAACAUUCCGUGAUGCCUCCUGAUCACACCAAGUUCAUCAUUACUCUGUUUCACUACUGGAUUACAGAUAUCCUUCCUACAAGGAACAGGAAAUAAAGCCUUGUUUAUGUCCAUAUGUGCAGGGUUAAAAUUUAAUAUACAAGCACUUAGUCAAGUAGCAAUUAUUCAGAAAGAGCAGUGCCAAUAUACAUUCUACAUCUUCAGGUAAAUGAAUUAUUUUUUAUUUUUAUAAACUCCAAAAGCAGGGUACAGCUAGUUAUGAUCUGUGUUACUGAUCAAGACUAUACACAAGCUAUGUGGCCUGAAUCUUCAUCUGGAUGAGUAUAUGUAUUUCAUUUUGGGAUAAGGGCCUUAUCUAAAACUGUUUCAGUUUGUAUCAAAUAUUUUGUUCAAGAAAUAUGGUGAUUUUUAUGUUUAUAAACUGAUAGUUUCUUUCUGGAAGUACUUGAAAAACAGAAAUGUAUUUUUAUAUAUAAAUUUAAGGAAAAAUGCACCCGAGGACUGUAUUUUUUAUGAAUAAAGUGAUAAAUUAUGGAAGUAGAUAAAUUUCUACAUCUACAUCAUGUAGGUACUCUUUGGAAUUAUACAAGAGUUUUGACUGCAGUGUUAGAACAACUCUGUUUCCCAUUGUGUUAGUUUGGUGGGCUUCACUGACCACAGAACUAUGGGUCAAGGUUCUCUUUGUGGUUACUGUGCAGCCCCUCUGCACCUGCAUUUAUCUUUGUGUAGAUGUACAAUAAAUAAUAUCUAUGGCGUAGUUGUAAAAUAUUUUCAAAUUCUGAAGAACACAGUGCUUUGUAAGCAAGGGACUCUUCUCUCAGUUGAGUGAUCCACCUGAUAAGUGAUACAAAGGAAGCCAUUUCAUUCCUUACUAUGUUAGUUUCCCCAUCAAUAUGAUGGGGACAACAUGUUUAUCUCUUCCAACAUAUUCUUGAAGAUACAUUGCCAGCAGGUAUACAUAUUGCAUGUGUUCUUUAUCUUCUUAUUAUUUUGUUGGGUAUAUCCUACUCAGAGGCAUUGUUUUAGUGGUAGGCAAGUGUAUAUUUUUUUCAUACCUCUUUCUCAUUAACUGAAUGGCUAAGGCAAGUGUAUGCAGGCCUGGAGAAUUUGAGUUACGUCUGUACCUAAACCAGAUCUCGUACUGGGGAAACUAACAGCGUAUUUCCUGUUUUAAAGUUCCUGACUUGCUGACACAUAAGCACUGAAUUAUAGUUGUCAUUUUUUACUGAUGUCAUGUGUGCUUCAAUCCCAUAACUGAAGGAUGAAGAAAAUACUAGCUGAAUGUGAAGCUCCUAGAUACUAUAUUGAUGGAUUCCACAGGAAAUUAAUCACUUCAUUCUCAGUUUGAGAUGUGAAUGUUGUGCAUAAAUGGGGCAUAGUAACAGCACAAAGAGGAUAUGUAGCAUCUCAUUAGGUAAGCGUCAUCUAUCCUGUACAGUGAAAGUGGAAAAAUAAUAGAGACCAUGUAAUUAAAGAAAGUGCUGUAAAACACAGGUCUAGACUGGUCUGUGAGGACUGUGCAAACAACUGUACUUCCUGUAUUUACCAAUACUAGAGGGACGGUGUUAAGGGAUGUUUUAAGGAUGCUGCCUUUGAAAAGCUCCAGAACUAAGGGACUCUAUUGCUGCUUCCUGCCCACUGGAGCCCAGCCCAGCCACUGGAGUUCCCCCUGGAGACCUGGAUGUCGCUGUCAUCACCAUUGGAUGCAGCUGCAGCUCUCAUGUUUCCAGGUUCAGCCAGUAGUAAGGCAUGGCACAUAUCCCAGGGAGCCAUGCACAUCCACAUUCACACGCAUGCACACAACAGUAGUGUGAAGCAGCAGCGUGCCUGUGUGGUAAAGGAGUCUAAUAGUAUUCUGGGGUGUACUGAAAAGAGCAUGGCUAGCAGGUUGAGGGAGGUGAUUCUUCCCCUCUACUCUGCCCUGGUGAGGACACAUCUGAAGCACUGUGUCCAGAUCUAGGUUCCUCAGUUCAAGAAAGACAAUGAACUUCUUAAGAGAGUCCUGUGGAGAGCCACAAAGAUGAUGAGGGGCCCGAAGCAUCUUUCUUGUAAGAAAAGGCUGAGAGACUUUGGCCUUUUUAUCCUGGAGAAAGAGAAUGCUGAGAGGAGAUCUUAUCAGUGCUUAUAGAUAUUUGGUGAGCAGGUAAGUGUGAAGGCUCUUUUCAGUGGUACCCAGCAACAGGACAAGGAGCAACAGGCACAAACUGGAACACAGGAAGUUCCAUCCGAACACGAGACAGAAAUUCUUUACUAUGAGGGUGACAGAGCACUGGAACAGGCUGGCCAGAAAGGUUGUGGUGUGUCCUCUGGAGUUAAAACCUGCCUUACAGCUUACCUGCUGUAAGGAACCUGCUGUAAAGGGGGGGAGAUGGACUAGAUGGUCUCCAGAGGUCCAUUCUAACCCUACAGUUCUGUAAUUCUGUGACAUGGCUGUCUACAUGGACUGACACAGACUGGACACUGUCUUUAACAGCACUGAUGAGUAACCCUACAUAAAACCUCAGUACAGUCAGUCAUCUCCUCUGGCUGGUUGUGACUGCAGCUCACUAGUGAGAACACACAUGCUUUUACUGCCCAGGUGCACAAGCUUGCGCACAUUGUCAGCUGCCUCGAAUAUCAGCACAGGCACUCAGACUGUCUGAUACCCCUGCCUGGAUACUGGGCCUUCUUACCUGCUCUGUGGGUCCGCUACCCCCCAGCUAGCCCUGCCUGACAAAAUCCAAACAGGGACAUUUUCCCAUCUCUUAAGCAUUGAGCACUCACAAAGCCUUUGAGCAUCAGACUGGACUCUCAGCCUUGCAAGAGACCCUUGCUCACUGUGAAGUCCAGGCUGAUGUUUGCUGAUCAACUACGCAUAGGCACAAAAAUCAGACUAGGAGAAAAUAAAAAUGUACUGGUCCCAAAGCUGCUGAUGCUGAAACCCUCAUUCAGUCCACUUGCUGUCAGCACAGACGUGGAGACUGAAGUCACCCAAGUCUGUCACCAGCUGAUGGUUCUUAAUUCACUUGCUCUACUUUUUGCAGUGGAGGGUAUCUAGGAUUUGCAGCACUCACAGGGUGUCAAGAUUGAGAUUUACAUGGAAAGAUAAUUAAAAAAGGAUUUAAUUAGAAAAUGGGAUUGACUGUGGUAAUCAAGCUCAGUGUAAGUUAGAUAAGUGAAUGGACUUGUGGCUGGUUGCACAUGGCUGGUCCCCUUUGUUCUUCCACCUCACUGUGCCCCUUGUUGCUCCCUAGUUCACCCUUUUUCUGUCUUUCAGCCUUUCUCCUAAACAUUUCUUAAUAAAUUAUGAAUAGUCCCACAGGCCCCUUCAAGUAUCCAUAAUCCAGUUGAACUUGUUUCUCCUUUUUUAUUAGUUAUGAAGUCCAGAUUGGUGAUAUCCAAAGCUAUGCCUAUAGUUUCUUAAUGGACCAUCAAUUAGUGACUGGGGAGCUUUAGUCCUUGUUAUAAUCUCAGUUAUUGCUUGCUGUGGGUUUUGUUUAUUGCUUUCUCUGUUACUUGUGAUUCCCUUUGAAGUGAAAAGGUCCUUGAUCUGAUAAUGCGAAUUAAGCAAAUACUCUCACAUUCCACACACCCUUACAGAUUGGCCAUGUAACAUUAGCAGUGACAUAUUAAUGUACGGUCAUGGAUCUGUUGUUUUAUUAUUUUAAUGCAUGUAUGUCAAGAAAAGGGCUGCUACUGCCCAAGCCAGCUAGAAGAGAGACUGCAGAGACUCCCUUGGUUCUUACAUACAACAGAGAAUACUGGAAGAACUAGUCAGUGCACACAAGGCCCUGCACAUACUGAUUUUAGAUGGGGCUGUGCUUCAUUUGCUUCCUAUGCAUUUAUGGCCUUUCUAGAAUUAAUUACACGCAGUGCUAGGGGUUAUUGGUUAGUCAUGGACUGGGAGAAACUAAGAUUAAAAAAAAAAAAAAUAGAUUCUUGAUAACGAGGAUACACAUAUUAUUUUGAUCUUCUAGGUGAAAAAAUACUAUAUAUAUUAAUUAAAUUUGGCUAGAGGUCUCUUGACCACAGCUUCUGUGCUGAAGUAUUAUUUUGCUUUCCUAUUACUUACAUAACUUACAAAAGUAACUUACAUCAGAUUAGGCCACUUUGUUAUGAUAAGACCAUAAUUUUAUUAUGGUCUCCAUUAUGACCAAGACCUUUUAAAGAGGUGAAGGAGUUUAAUAGUGGAAUGCCAUCCUUAGUAUAACACAAUUCUGCAUUAGGAAUUUUUCAUUAUUGUUUCUGUUUCUAUGCUUGGCCAUUUCUAAUACUAUUAAAAAAUUCUAUGAAUUGAGCUGAAUUUUAAAUAGCUGCAUGCAGAGCAGCAGACCUGGGUAUCUUUGCUAAUCAGAAGUGUUUUGUACUGUCAAUAGUCUAAUCCCAGAAUGUGAAUAAAAUUUCUUAGCUCAGAAAUGUCCUUUGCUUGAAUCAGGCAGUAAUGAGGAAACAAUUGUUUUCAGUCUCUUUUUUCUUUUUACUUCAGCCACUGUAAGAGCCUUAUAUUUUGUGCAGACGUCAACUGGUCCUAACAAAGCAAGCCUGGGAAAUGCUUCAGAGCAUGGCAAAUUUUUUUUUAUAGGCAGUGAUAUCUGAUGUCUUUGUAAAUGACCUGAAAUAUGAGCUGAAUCUUAUAUUUACCAAACCUACCACUAUUACACUAAAAGAGAUUAGAAAGAGUGGAGGUUAAAGCAAAAUCUGAGAUGUGUGAAGGUUUGGAAAAUUGGACCAAAUUCAAGAAGAUAGAUUGUAGGUUGUCAGUGUAGGUAAACAUGAUCACACAAGAGUGUACUUGUUUCUGGAACAAGCACACCAAACAAUGUCAUGUUAAACCAUAAGAUGCAGAAGGACUUGGGAGCAGUUUGUGAAAGUAUCCUGCAGAAAGAUAUGGUUUAAAAGUGAAAGAAAUAUUACUUAUCCUAUAAUAAUAUCAGCCAAUGUACUAAAAAUUGCAGAGGAAUUUUGGUUCCAUGUUUACCACCCUAUUUGCAGUCAAAGAUUUUCACACACCACAGUUUUAAUGCCCGGUCACUUUUCUUUGUUUCUUCUCUAGAAGAAGUAAUAUUGAUCCUAACUAUACUUUUUAUUGUUUAAUUGAACAGGAUUAUUACCUAUUUGUCUGGAAUACAAAAACUGAAAGAAUUAAAUGAAUAUCCAUCAGUGAGCACUGUGUGUUUUACAUUUCAUGGCUCCUUCAGCAUGCCAAUGAAGCAUUUAUUGCUUUGGUUUUUAUGCUAAACCUAUCAAUGACACAGGAGACAGACUUAAGUUUUACCUCUUGAAUGUUGUUCAGUCUAUUGAAUGUGCACUUUGGUAGGAUUUUCAAGGCAUUUCUAUAGCAAACUUUGCAUCAGAGAAUUUCUGACUGAACUGUACAUACAGUGUUAUAAGCGUAUUUCAAACUUCUGGGAAGACAGAACUUUUACAUACUCUGUUUUAAGAAUUAAUAUAGAAUCCAAGAGUAUGAAAAGUUUAGGGAUCAACUAGAAAGCAGUCUGCAUGUGGAUUAAACAGUUAAAUUUCUUGUUCACCUAAUUAAAUAUUACUUAGCAAGGGAGAAUCAGCAGCAUGAUGGAAGAGAAGAUGAGUAUGCACUCUGAGUAUGUGCUGGCCCCAUCCCUAGGCUCCACGUGCAGGGGAGAAGAGAGAGGCUGAAGUAGUUUUGAGCCUCUGCAGCACUGACUGUGCUUGUCUGCAAGGAUAUGAGACUGAAGCCAUUAUUGCUGUAAAUAAGCACCUGUCUAUUCUCAAAAUUGCCUAUAUAGCCUUAAUUCUUUUAUUCUGUGGAUAUGUAAUAUGGGGAGCAGUCUCUAAUGCUGUAGAUUGCUAUUGCUUCGUAAAUGGUGCAGUAUUUUUAUAAUACUUGACAAAACUGUAGGGUUAUAAAUUCCCUCAUGUGUUUUCUAUGGCAGCUGGUUUUUCUCCUCUGCACCAGUGCAGGGGGGUUCUACUCUGUAGGCCGAAACUCUGAAAUGACAUGUCGAAAAGAAAGGCUUUCAAAAAAAGACAAGGAUGGAAAAAAAUAGUGAGAGGCUGCGUGAAAGCAGAGAAUUGUUAAGCUGUCUUUGACCAAAGAAAACAUAUUUCACUUUGGUGUAUCAUAAAAUAUCUGGUCAUAAGUGCAGUCUACAGAAGUAGAGUGGUGCGUGUUACAUUUGUGCAGCAUUCUAUGCAUGAAGUGUAACAACAAAAAGAGUAUGAAAAAAAACAGCAAACUGAAACUGGAAAAAAAAAAUACUGAUAUUUAAGCCCCUCAGCUUUUUAAGUAGAUUUUGUGGUUAACUGCAUCAGCCCUAGAUUGCACCUAAGGAGGCUGCAUUGCAUGUGUUUGUGUAACUCAUUUAUCUUCACCAUUAACAAUUUGAUCUUUUGCGUUGUAUCUAUAAUUUUUUAAUAGGGUAAUUGUAAUGUCUGAGUAUUUCACAAUUUUUAAAACAUGUUUUCCUUAGAUGAAGAAGAUUUAUCUUUUUCAACUGCCAAAUAUAAUGAAUUAAGCCAUGGGAGAAAAACAUACUACAUAAAUAUCAGGAAAAAGCAGAGAUUGAAAAAUAUUAUGUGUGUUUCCUACAUUUAAAGAUCAUAGGAAAAGCUGUAUAUUAUAUGUAUUAUUUGAAAACAAUAUAAAUGCUCCACAGUCAGUCAAGGCCAAACAUAGAGCUUUAAUAAGGACAUUCUCCAAGUUUAGUGCUUAAGCUUGUAGAAUUAAUAGUCUGUGUUCAUUUUAAUGAACCGUGUGUAUUUUUUAAAUAGAUAAACAAGCUGUAGUUUUCUUUUCCAUUAUUAUAUUUCAAUUUAGGAUAUAUAAUGAAAAAAAAAAAAAAGUGUUCUCUAAGAUUGAAGAGAACCACACAGAAAUAGAGAAGGAAUGAAUCUGGGUUCAGUUCUUUUUCUGUUGCAUCAACUGUAGGCUUUUAGGUUGCCUUAACUAAAGACUGCCUUCCUUUUUCAAGAUCCUGCCAGUCUUCUCAGUCCUCAGUGCACAGAUGGUACCUCCAUCCUCUCAGCCUCUGAUACUAGCUUUCAUCACCCAUUUGCUACAUUUUCAGAUCAACAUGUUUGUGCUUUUUCCCACAGUGCCCUCCACAGAUCUCUGUGGUUUUUCUAUCUCUGUAGUUUUUCUAUCUUCUUCCCUUCCUUCUCCUUUGCCGUAAUGCUGCCCAAAAGCUCGGCAACAGAUAGGUCAGUAGUGUGCUAAGACAACUGCAUGCUGUGCUGACUAAUGUGUCUCUGUACUCUCACAUCAAUCUGCCUAUGUUCUCAUCUGUUUUUUCUUAAAAAAGCAACAAUUUGAUGCAGGCCCCAUCUGCAGCACUUUAUCCAGGCCUGGGGCCCCCAGUACAAGAAGGAUGUGGAGCUCUUGGAAUGGGUCCAGAGGAGAGCCACUAAGAUGAUCAGAGGGCUGGAGCACCUCUCCUAUGAGGAAACGUUGAGGGAAGUGGGCUUGUUUAGCUUGGAGAAGAGAAGGAUCUGGGGAGACCUCAUUGUGGCCUUCCAGUACAUGAAGGGAGCAUAUAUACAGGAGGGGGAACGGCUGUUUAUGAGGGUGGAUAGUGAUAGGACAAGGGGGAAUGGUUUUAAACUGAGACAGGGAGGUUUAGGUUAGAUAUUAGGAGGAAGUUUUUCACCCAGAGGGUGGUGACACACUGGAACAGGUUGCCCAAGGAGGUUGUGGAUGCCCCAUCCCUGGAGGCAUUCAAGGCCAGGCUGGAUGUGGCUCUGGGCAGCCUGGUCUGGUGGUUGGUGACCUGCACAUAGCAGGGGGUUGGAAGUGGAUGAGCAUUGUGGUCCUUUGCAACGCAGGCCACUCUAUGAUUCUGUGAUACGAUUCUAUGCUGAAGGAAUAGUACAAUGUAGUAUAUGUAGUUACUGAUUUACACACAGGUAGAACCAGCAGCCAGCCUUCUGUACAUUUUUAUCUAGAGACCUGCGUACGGCCUCUGCUGACACUGAAUGGGCUUCUUCUAAUAACUGUUCUUGAAGUCAUCGGCAGAUCUGCAUCAGGCUUCAUGAAAUUAGAUGUUAAAAUAUCCAAAGGUAAAAAUGUGGAAAAUAUGUGUCUAGAUAUUGGCAGGAUUUUAUUACAAAAAGGGUUUGGUCUUUUUUCUUUUUUAAUUUUCUUUUAGACAUAGGAUUACUUGAGUGUCCAAAACAAUGCAGCAAAGGUUGGAGUUGUAUCAGUGAGAUAUGCAUAACUUUCUAGAUUAAAAGAAGGUAUGUGUGUAAAGGUAUCCCCUUUCUACAUUAAACAUAGGCGUGCAUAGCUGCUUCUCUCCAAAUGGCCUUUUGUCAGCGCUGUUCUUUAAAGGCACAUACAAUUGAGCAGGGAGGUUAAAACUAGAUGAUUAUUGUGGUCCUUUUCAACCCAGGCCACUCUGUGAUUCUGUGAUAUGAUUCUACGAUUGUGAGUUUGUAAAGCAUCCAGCACAGUGAAUUUCUAUUACAUCUGAGGUGACAGUAUGUUAGGGUAGUGUGAUAGAAUAAAGUGUUAUCAAGGAAGUGAUAGAAGAUUUUGUAAGCAAGGUUAAAAAUUUUAAGCAAGGUUUAAUAAUCCUCUAUUGCACACAUGGUCUGUCUACUAAAAGUGAUACAAAGUACCCUCUACCCUUAGGGUAGUAUCCAUCUGUAAAUUACUAAAGAAAGUUUGGAGACAGGAUUCAUUUCUCCUAACUUCUGAUGCCAGCAGUGUCAAUAUUACCAUCUGAGAACCUUUUUAAUUGCUCAGAUGAAAUAGAUCCCUGUACAGCCCUGUGUAUCUGAUUGUUUCUAGAUAUCUAUUUUAGGAUGAUGACAGUGGUACAAAGAGAAUUAAUUUAUGUCUUCAGUAUGACUGAGAGCAUAAACAGGGAGGUCAGGUGGAAACAUCUGCAUUACCUAUGGAUCUGGAUCUUAUUGAAAACAAAUGCAUUUGUUGCAGCUGAGAAAAAAACAGGAAGGUACACAUUGCAUUAUCAAAACAUCACCAUUCAAGGCGCUGCUCUGGUAGUGACAAGCUCCUUCAACUUGGACAGAGCCAUAUCUCCCUUUCUUGCUGCUUCUACAGGGAAACCAGUGCCCAGGAAUAGUGAAAGGGAGAAGAGUAAGGAGCAAUAUACAUCUGUACUUGGAAUGUGAUGAGGAGAAGCUUCUGCUUUUCCUCAUUCCCUUUCUCCUUUAUGUAUUCAUGCACAAGGUGGCCUUCACCACUUACCAUGUAGGCUCAGUAAAAGAUUGGUGUGUAAUUUAGUUCACCUCCCAGUAACAACAGUAAAGUGGAAGUGAACAUAAAAGCACAACAAAAUAACAGUUGCUAAUUAUAGCAAACUGAUUGCCCGAUGCCUAUGUUUUAGGGAGUGAACCAGUGGUGAAUACAGAAUUGAUUCACAGAAGUAGUCACCAAGCUCUGUAGAUGUAAUGAUAGCUAGUUUGAUCUGAAUCUGGCGUGUUAGGGGCUUAAAAUGAAGGACAUGUUCAAAUCUGAUUUAAAUUCAAGGAAAGCAUCUUUGCCUAUUACCAUUACUAUAGUGCUGGAUUCUAUUUACAUUGAUAAACAGUUAAAAUACUUGACAUGUUAUUCAAUUAAAUCUCUGAUUGCUAACUGACAGACCAAAGUGCAUUGAUUUUUCCAACCGCAUUAAGCUAAGUACAUGGCACAGUGUUUCAUUAGCCUGUCUGCUUAACCCUUUCACAUUAAUUCAAUUACCCAGUAUAAAAUUAAUCUGUAAAAUAUUAAAUAACUCUGAACUUUUAAAUUAGAAGGCAAUGCAAGGAUAUAUUCAUCUUGAUAGUUUCUGACAUAUACUUAUUACUGGGUGAUUUGCAAUCUGCUGUGAAUCACAUUGUUCUACAGAUGGCAAAAGUCACUCAAGUUUUUUUUUUCUCCGUAUUCACUCGGUAAAUUGAUGGAUUCAUGGAGGUUAAGGCUGGAAAGGACAAAAGAUUAUCCUUUAUAACCCCAUCUAAAUAUCAGGUCAUAAAUUUUCCUUGUAAUUCAGGGUGAAAACCAGUAACUUGAAACUGACAAAAGCACCGUUUGUUGGUUUGGGGUUUUUUGCUGAAGUCUUCUUCCGAGACAGUCAAGCUUGAUUUAAAGACAUGAGGACUUAGCCCCUUCUCUGAUCAUUCAUUUCAGUACUCAGUCGCUCUCACUGUUAAAACUUGCCUUAUUUUUUAUCUCAGUUUGACUAAAUUUAACUUUAAACCAUUGGUUCUUGGUACACUUUCCUUCACUAGAUUAAAAAAGUCCCUCACUAGCCAAUAUUUUCUGUCUGUGAAAGCAUUUGAACACCAUAAUCAAGCUGCAGUGCACCCUUCCAACUUGGUAUCCUAAGAAUUCUCUCUAAAUUAUUUGCUUUAAGGCAUUUUCUUUUGUCUUCAAACUUUUUUUUACACCAUUGGAGAACAAGAGUGCACAGACUGCACACAAACUUCAUUUAAAUUCUCAGCACUUUCAUACUCACACCAUUGUUUAUAUCCACUUUUUGCUAUAGAAUUGUAUAGAGACACCAUGUAGAAUUAUAUGCAAUACAAUUACCUAUAGUUAAUCUUGACGUUUAUAGCUUUCCAGCAUAUAGUCCUUGCUUCUGUCCUUCUUGUUCUCCAGUGUCUGAGCUUUUGUUUGACAGUAUUAGCAUUCUUUUACUGUGUCUGGGUCAGUAAAUGAUGGAUUGUUUCACAUGCCUGUAUGCUUUCAUUAAUAACUGCUACCUGCUAAGCCUGGUGUCAUCUGCAAAUCUUAACAGCGAUGAUUAUGCAUUUUCUUAUAGUUCAUUAAUAAAAAUGCUGAACGCUACUGAAUCUAGUCCUGCUCUUGAUGGGGUCCAAAGAGAAACAACAUAAUGACUCCCUGUGUCUACCUUCUUUUUGAAAAUUGAGUGCUGAGAUCAUCUAGAUGAUUUCUAAUGUAUUUAAUCUGCACUUUAUUGUGUUUUAUGCUUGUUUCCCCUUGAUCAGAAAGCCACAUGACAUUAGGUAACUUCACAGGAACCUAAUAGCACAAAGUGUAAUAAUGACUGUACUUCUUCAGUUUUCUGCAAGAAAAGCAUUUUUUGUUUUAGAUAAGGAUAGGAAGCCAAACAAAAGACACACACAAAAAGCAACAACGACAACAACAACAAAAACUACACAAAUGUUUGUUAUUAAGGUAUGUUUAAGGGGAAGCAGAAGAACUGAAAAGCAGUCAUAGUAAAUACCCUGUCAACUUUGUCUUAGAUAUUUAUUUUGAAUUUGUUGCUCUGCAGGGAAUCGUUUGUAUUAGUUAAGAAUGUUUAUUCUGAAAGAUUCCUUUUUUAAAAAAGCAUCAAAGGAAAAUUCAUAGUUGUUUCUUUUCCUGCAAAAUGUGAUCUAUAGCUUGAGUUCUGUCACCACGUUUCCAGUAUUUUCUUGUGUUCACCAAGACAAUCUCGUGGUGGUGUCUAAUGUGUGUAUUAUCAGUUGUGUUGCAUUUCUUCCAGCUGGCUCUUUAAGAAAGAUCCUUGCAAUAAGCACAUUAACUGCUAAUGAAAAAUACAGUUUUGAGACUUAGAAAUUUGUGUAGGACGUUGCACUCACAGUUUUCUAGCGAGGUGUGCAGAUUUUAUGCAGUUUUUACAUAAGCAGUUCUGUAAGCAGAUUUCCAGGGAUAGAGCAUUGACCUACUAACUCUCUCAGUGUUAGCAUUAACUACCUAAACAUCUGCACCCUAAUCCAUUGUUGGACACACGUGUGAGGAUUCAUCAGAGGCGUUCAUCUAACUUCGGCUUAGUCUCCCAGCUUCUACUGCUCACGGAGUGCCGAGCUGCAGAGGAGAGACAGGUGGUAUGAAGAACCAAAAAGCAAGCUGUGCUAACAUUAUCUGCUGGAGCUAGAAAUGUUACAGAGAAGCCCCAUUUACUCUGCCCAGAGCUGUCACAGUACAGAAGUAAGCAGGAGCAGAUUCUCAGGAGGAUCUUUAUAAGAGGCCAAGCUGCCUAUGGGAUUCCCAUUUGAGUGCAGUGGUUUCUCGCUCUCACAGCCCCCUUUAAUCAAGGCUGUAUCACAGCCUGGCCCCAAAGCUGCACAAUAGAAACACAAAGGAGGAAUAACAGGAUAACAGCGCAGCAACCAGCAAAGUCACAGUACAUCCAAUUAGCGUAGGAACUAAGUGUGAAAAGAAAAGGAUUUUAAAACAACUUGUAACUAGAAGUACCACUCCUACACCAGCUGCAGGUGCCUGCAGUUAGAACGCAGAAGAGAGAACUGAAAUGUUUUGUAAGAGAAACUGGAAAAAGAAAAACAACAACGAGAAGUAGCCAAAGAAAAGAGACAUUCAGAGCAGUACAUUGGUUUAUUUUAAUUAUGUGAAUCAAGCAGCUGAAUGCACUUCUACAGCUUUAUCUGAGCAAAAUCUAAUUGCCCCAACUAGAAUCUGACCUGUAGAAACCCCUCACAUACAAACAGGUAGCAUGCAGCCUUCUGCUCCCAAAUUCUGACUAUGCUAACAGAGUUAGGUUUUAGGAUUCCAAAAGGUCCUUUUACUCCUGGAAAUGUGCAUUCUUUCAAUCCAUGAAAUGCAUGAGCAAAAACCCAUCAGAGUUAAAUGCCAAGCCAGAAUAUUUCAAGGGCACCUGGGACACAAAUGCUAAGCUGACUAUUGUGUUUCUAGGUGUUCAGUCCACUUUCUCAAUAAUUUCCAAGGCUUCUCCUCCACUGGAUGUGUAAGGUAGCUCAGCCCUCUUCUGCAGAGUGAAAAGCAGUCUCAAAAUACUUGGCAUGUGAUGUAUAAUGGAAGCCUGAGCAUGGCCAGGUCCUGGGAAGCAGCUGGAAACAAUGACUUACCAAGGUGAGGUGAAUGGGACAGAAGCAGAAAUGGAACUAUGCAUGUGUGAGUCUGGUAUUUCCCCUGCAGGUAAUGAUUCCCAGAGCUGUUUUGUUCUAUUUAGCAACGUUCUCGUGAACUACUUAAGACUUGUACUUUCAGAUGAGAGUGAUGAGAAACUUGGAAAGUGAAAGUCACAAAGUUGAGAUGGUAUUGAGCAAGUAUCUCUAAGAGGGUAGUCUUUUGAAUAACAACUCAGGGUCCUUCAUCAACCUUAAUGCAGAGCCAGUUGUCCAUGGCUGAUCCAAAUCAUAGGAUUUAAUUAUUCACAAUUUAUUGAUGCUUUGUACUGCAGGCAUUUGAAUAGGAAUUUUUCUGUUUGAAGCCAAGAAAUCCUUGUUACCUUCUUUUUUCCUGAGUCCCUCAAUUUGUUGCUGUUAUUGUUUGUGAAUAUACAGGAUAAGUCAUCUGAAAACCUACCCAAUAAAGGCAUUCUUCACACAGUUUCUGUUCCUUCUCUUCUCUAGUAUUAAAUCUGAAUCCGUGGACCUGGAUGUUAUCUCAGUGCAUGGAAUCUUGUGUGUUUGCACUGCCAUCCAUUAUGCCCUGCAGGAGCAUUAACUUUCAUUCCCAGUCUGGCAGUGUGUACUUGUGAGUGAGCAGGAGUCAUUGCAGCUGAGCAUUUUGUUCUGUGCAGAGCCCUCACACGGUGGAAAUAACUGCAUUCCAACUCUCAGUUCAAUAGCAUUGUGCAGCAGGAUAUUACUGUAUAACUGUCAGUGCUGCUUUGGCAUAGAAGUUUCCUCCAGGCACCCACAAGACAGAUGGCUGUAUCAUCCCAUAGCCAUUCAACUCUGUAUUGCAAAAAAGAAGUACAAACAAAAAAUUCUAACUAUUUAUACUAAGCAAUUUUACAGCUGUCUAUCUGAAAUUAAAGCAUCCUCUCUUGUUUGCUUUGCCUUUUUAUUGUGAUACUUUUUUUUUUUUUCCCAAGUAUUACACUGUGAGUAAGUAAGCUUCCACUGAGCUUUUAAUGCUCACAAAAAAAAAAUAGGACACUAGGAUCCAAGAACCAUGCUUCAAACUGUAGGAGAUCAAGCAUGACAGGAUUCUGAAAAACAACGUAAAUUGAACACUUUCUAUAGGCCAGUGUAAAAAGCAGUCUCUUGUAGCAAAGGACUUUUGUCCUUUGAAGUUGAGGAUAACUUCCUGGUUCUGGUACUGGGCAGACCAAGCAGAGGUGAAGUGUUACUGGACCUGCUGCUCAUCAGUGUGGAGGAGAUUGUUAAAGUGGUUAAGAUGGAGGCAGCCUGGGUUGCAGUGACCACGCUCUGAUUGAGUUCAUGAUUGUGAAGAAGGGCCUGGCAAGGAGCAGAGUCAGGAUCCUGAAGUUCAGGAGAGUGAAAUUCCAGUUGUAUAAGGAAUUACUGGAUGAUCUCCCCGAGGGAGAUUGUCCUUAGGGACAUCAGAAUGGAACAGAGCUGGCAGAUCUUUAGGACACC